AUGGUGGGGUCUGGGAUCUCAGCUUUGGGCCUCCUCCUGCUGAUGCAGGGCUCAGUAGAUGCGAAUGGAAUACAGGGCUUUUUCUAUCCAUGGAGUUGUGAGGGAGAUGUGUGGGACCGAGAGAGCUGUGGGGGUCAGGCAGCAAUUGAGAACCCCAACCUGUGCCUGCGCCUGCGCUGCUGCUACCGGGAUGGUGUGUGCUACCACCAACGGCCAGAUGAAAACAUGCGCAGGAAGCAUAUGUGGGCCCUGGGCUGGACCUGCGGUAGCCUGGUCUUCCUUAUUGCCAGCAUCUGCCUCUUCUGGUGGGCCAAGCGCCGAGACAUGCUGCGCCUACCACAGUUUCUACAGGGGAAAUGCGACCUGUCGAGAACAGUGUCCCUACUGUCUAAGGAACGCUCAUCCGCCAGCAAGCGGACAACUGUGAUUUCCGCGGCUGUCUCUGUGCCCGCCGAGGGGACAGAAGCCUCAGGAGGCGGCACGGAACCAGAAGCUAUGGAAGGCGGGGAGGACACAGAAGGAGGCGAUGAUGAUUAG